UCUGUCUCGGAAAAAACAAACAAAACAAGGAAAACGAAGUAUGCAAAGUGGAAAGACUGCUGAUGAGUUUAGGAAAUGGCAAAUAAUAUUUUAGGGUAGUUCUAUGCUAACUAGAUUUUGUGAUGUGGGGCAAAUUAUUGAACUUCUCUAUGACUGUCUUCUCAUCUGGCAAAUGAAUUAUGUCAAAUUCUAUUUCAUUCUUCCUAUUUUUGCUUUUCUGUUAGGCAGUAGAAUAUGGCAUAAUCAGAUGGACAGAUGUAUUUAGAUUCAGUCUAGAUUCACUAUGAUCUUUCACACUCUACUGGCCUGAGCCACAGGCUAAAUACCUUUCCUGUCUUCUUGAUUUACAGACUUCUGCCUCCUUUUUCCAAGGGCAUUUUAUUCUUUGUAGAUAGAGUAUGCUAGGUUUUUGUUCAUUGAUGAAUAAGAAAGCUGUAAAGUAGCCACUUUUCCCUCAGGCACUUGUUUUAGGGCUAGCAAUAGUCUAGAGGAUAAAAAGCACUGGCAAUAUUAACAGUUUUAGAAGUAUAGCAAAGCUUACUACCUUGAACUGUAAAGAUCUUUAUUGUGAUUUUAUUGUUAAAAUAUGUAUGCUAAAAUAUAAUUUAUUGGAAUAUUGAGGAUAACAUAUGUUCUUUAAACACUGCACACAAAGUUUUUCAGUCGUCUUCAUUUUACUUUUCUCAAACUGUAGAGUUGCCGAUUUCUAAGUUUUUGUGUGAUUUAGUUUUAGUUACCUGAUUCUUUCCAAACGUGUUGUAAUCCUGGUUAUUUCACAAGUGCUGUAAUAUACCUCAGCAGCCUAGAACUAAUUCUGCAAACCUUUUCUACAGAAUUUAAGGUUUUAUUCAUGUGCAUGGCAUAGAAGAUGAAUUCUUCCACCUCCACCAUGAGUGAAGAGCCUGAUGCUCUAUCGGUAGUUAACCAGUUACGGGAUCUAGCAGCAGAUCCAUUAAACAGAAGAGCCAUUGUCCAGGAUCAGGGAUGUCUGCCUGGCCUUAUUUUAUUUAUGGACCACCCCAACCCUCCAGUCGUCCACUCCGCUUUGCUUGCUCUUCGAUACUUGGCAGAAUGCCGUGCAAACAGAGAAAAGAUGAAAGGAGAACUGGGUAUGAUGUUGAGCUUACAAAAUGUUAUACAGAAAACUACAACUCCAGGAGAAACAAAACUUCUGGCCUCUGAAAUCUAUGACAUUCUUCAGUCCUCCAAUAUGGCAGAUGGUGAUAGUUUUAAUGAGAUGAAUUCACGUCGAAGGAAAGCUCAGUUUUUUCUGGGAACUACAAACAAACGUGCCAAAACAGUGGUUUUGCAUAUAGAUGGCCUUGAUGAUACGUCUCGGAGAAAUCUAUGUGAAGAGGCUUUGUUAAAAAUUAAAGGUGUUAUUAGCUUUACUUUUCAAAUGGCUGUUCAAAGGUGUGUGGUGCGAAUCCGUUCAGAUUUGAAAGCUGAGGCUUUGGCAUCAGCAAUAGCGUCAACCAAGGUUAUGAAAGCUCAGCAAGUUGUGAAAAGUGAAAGUGGAGAAGAGAUGUUGGUCCCAUUCCAAGAUACUCCUGUGGAAGUAGAACAGAACACAGAACUACCUGACUACCUGCCUGAGGAUGAGAGUCCCACAAAGGAACAGGACAAAGCGGUGUCCCGGGUCGGCUCACACCCAGAAGGUGGAGCUAGCUGGCUUAGCACAGCUGCAAACUUUUUAUCCAGAUCAUUUUAUUGGUGACUUCACUUUUGGGCUCAAGGACUGUGUGAACCAACAAGGGGCCAGUUUUCCAUUGUUGUGGUGAACUGUCAAGUGCAAUUUGCAAUAAGUUAUCAUGAAAAGUUUUUAGAUUACAUGAUCGCAUAUGCUGCAUUUCACAUUUUAUUGGACAUUUUACCCCACUGAGUGGUAAAAAGGACAGAGGCUACAGAUGGAGUUGCUUUGUUUAUGAAAGUAUUUUGGUUUUGUUUUCUUUCAUUUAAUUGCCUCAUAUUUAAAAACCAUGGGUCCACUGUUAAAACCACAUGUGUAUGUGCAGCUUUACAUUUUAUUUUACAUGAAGCAUGUGAUUAGGAAAACUCACUUUCUUCUCAAGCCUCAGGACCUACCUGAAGAGAAGUUUUCUUGUAGCUCAAGUUGUGCAUGAAUUACUGAAUAUUUUACUGUGCUUUUCUUCAUGAAGGGUACAUGUUUUGUACUCUUCACUGAAAGCUGAAAACAUUUCUUGUUACCCUCUUUUGUGCCUUUUUAUUUUGCCAACCGUGUUUAUAGAAAGGACAUUACUAAUGACAUUUUGCAAAUUAAAAACAUUCAUUUGAACAUAGUAGUCACCUAGAAAAACAACUCUACAAAAAUUUUGCAGCCUUAUUCAUUAUAAUUUUAAUAAAAUUAACACAAAAUCAGUCAAGAAGGAAACAUGUAUAUUAGUGAAGUGUUUUUGGAGACUAUUUGAAUGUGACCAAAUGUGGUUCUAGUUGACUUCUUUUCACUUUGGCUUAUAUCAGUUCUUGAGAGUUAAUGUGAUCAUGAUAUUGCAAACAACUGUAAAUGGUCUCUAGGCCUUACUUUGUGAUCAUACGUUAUCUCCCGCUAGAAAAAAAUAAUGGUAGUAAAGAACUGACACACUGAAAAUAAGAAAACAAAAAUCAAAUGCCUAUAAUACCAUAAUGCCACCUUGGUAUAGAGUCUAACUUUAAAACAUGAAUUGCUCGACAGAAUUCUAUUCAGUAGGUGUUUCUUUGUAUUGCCUUUUGUGAAUUUAUUAUGAAAAUGCUGCAGUUGUGUUAAAUGAAAAAGACCCAAAUUACUGCUUAUGAAGAAAUAAAGCCAGCAUUGAUUACUUAAUCUUGUUUCUCAUGUCCAGCCAGAAAAAUAGAACUUCAGUGAAGGUAAGAUAAAUAAACACAUACACAUAAUGUUUUUUUGGUAGAUAAGUGCUAAUUACAUAUAUGUAAUGCUUUAUUAAAUUUCUGAAAUAUUUGGUGACUAAAAUUUUCUUUUUGGAAAUUAAUAAGUCCAGAUACAUAUUAAUGUUGAUAUGACUAAAAACAAAUAGGAAGAAAUUGAAAUUUCUUUUCAUCAACAUGUAGAGCUGCUAUUUUACUAUUUGGGGAAUAUGAUGUAAAAAUUGGACCCCGAAGGGUUUCCUUGUGUUUUCAUUGUAAAAUACCAUCAUCAGUGAGAGUCUUGAGUUCACUAACAUUGUCACCUUCUGGAGAGAGAGUUAUUGGGGGCAUUGAGGAUGAUAUUUUUUUUUCAUGUGUUUGGUUUCUGAUUCAAGUGACACGCACAAACUGAAAACAACAACAACAACAACAACAACUGUCAGGGCACCCGUUGCUCUAAAUGCAUAAUAUAACUUGCUGCCAGAACCAGAUGUGUUGAAAAAAGAAAAUAAAACCACCUUCUUUCUAUAGCCAUUAAAGCAAAGUUUACUGUUCUAACAAAUUUGUAUUUUAUUUUGCAUUGCCACACAUCUGCUUAUUUAAAAACUACAUCCCUUUGGUAGUGAUGUUUCAGGACAAGUAGGUAUUACAGCUUGAUGUUUGUGUGUUCUAAUUCUAAGAGUUCUUUAUUCCAGAUCAUAUAGAGUAGUUAAGGCAACUGUAACAGCAUUUUUUGAAAUACAUUGUAAAAUAAAUAAAAGGUAACAUAAUUAAAAUUGAGUGGAUAUUA